AUGCAUUCUCUCACAAAAAGUCAGAGUUUAAUAUUUCAAGUGGAAAAAGAUGAUAUCCCUCCAGUAAAGUCCUUUAAAGAGGAGAAAAAUCUUUCCACCAGAUUAGCAAACACCAUCUCUAAACUAUCUUUUAUUCCGAGGAAUCUUGGACAGAAUAGAAAAAUGAGUACCAAUAAUAGUCCAGAGAAUGGAAUCGGUUUACACAACGGGUUUAAUCCAAAUCUUAAUAGUGCAAAGAGGAAAAGUGAGUUUUCGGAACAAAAUUAUGUGGCAUCGUCUUCAUUAAAGAGAACUCAUUUUCCGAGCGUUUCGUCGGACGAAGAAGUUGUGACCGCGGCUGAUAUCAAGCAACCCACAAUACGGAAUGACGCCAUUGAAUUGCUUUUGAACCAAGAUCAAGAUGACAUUGUAACUCCCGACGUGAAUUGGGCAGAAGUGGUUCGACCAUCAGCCAUAAAGUUUACCGCUCAUAAAACUCUAAAUCGAAAUGUGAGCAGCUUGCGAUUGUUUCCCGGUAUUACCGAAUCAACCGUACGAGCGUUAUUAGCACCACCAAUAGAAGGCGUCAUUUUGGAAACUUUUGGUGCAGGGAAUGUGCCUGAUACCAGAACCGAUAUCAUGAAAGCAUUGAAAGAAGCCAGUGAUAGAGGAGUUGUGAUUGUGAAUUGCACUCAAUGCAUGAAGGGAAUGGUGACCGAUCUUUACGCAACCGGAAAAUCUCUCACCAAAGCAGGAGUAGUUCCGGGGAACGAUAUGACACCUGAGUGUGCAUUGGUUAAACUCUCAUAUCUUCUAAGUAAAGGGGAUGAGGAAAAUCGGUAUUCUCCUCAAGUUGUUCGAGAGCUGAUGACCAAGAAUCUUCGCGGGGAACUCACCGUAGUGGCGCAAAAACACAGAUUCACAUUUCACAAUCGUACACAUAAAAUUAUUCAAAACAUGAUAGCGGCAGCCGCAGAUGCCAAGCGAGGUGGUGUAUCCGACUCGGCGUUGAUGAUAAAUGUUCAAGAAAAGGUUUUGAUGGAAAAGUCAAUUUAUCCGAUAUUGUUAUGUUCGGCAGCCGGCACCAAUGACCUUGAGGGAUUACAGCUGUUAUGGGAAAGUUAUGAUGGUUUGAUACUGAAUUGUAUAGAUUACGACGGACGGACGCCUUUGCAUAUUGCGUGUACUGCUGGACACGCUAGAAUCGUUAAAUUCCUGUUACAAUACGGAGCAUCUGUUCACAUGAGAGAUCGAUUUGGUCACACACCAUUGUUCGAAGCCGCAAGGAAUAAACAUGAAAACAUCAUAAAGUUACUACGCGAUACCGGCGCACAUUUUAACGACGCCGAGAUCGAUGAUGUGAUGUUUCAGGUUUUUUCUGCUGCUGCGAAAGGUGACGUGAAACUGUUAAAACAUUUCGUCGAUGCUGGUUUUGAUAUAAAUCGAACAGGAUUCGAUCAUCGUACAGCCCUUCAUCAGGCAGUUGCCGAGGGAAGGCUAAGCGUUGUACAAUAUUUGUUGUCUCUCCGAGAAAUAAAUUGCGAGAAUAAAGAUCGGUGGGGCAAGAAACCUAUAGAUGAUGCGGAGAUAAAUCUUGGCCGAAUGUGGGGAAGAGAUAAUGACCGAGAGAAGGAAUUAAGAGAGAUUGUUAGACUCAUAAGAGAGAGAGAAGAUAAUUAUACAAGUGGAGACGUUAAUGGCGUAAGUCAAAAAUUAGAUAAUGAUGAUAAUAAUUCUUUUAAAAUUGGAGGACCUGGUAUUAGCCUGGAUUGGUUGGGUAACGAACAUGAACUUGAUGAGUCGGGAAAGGAGGGAAUCCAUUAUGAAGAAUUAAAGGAAUAG